AUACAUUAAAGCCUGUCAGACAUUUCCUUAAUUUCCAUUGCUAUUAUUAGCCACCAGCACUGGGACAUUAAAAAACGACCCGGCCUCUAUCUUUUUCUCUCUCUCUCUCUCUCAUUCAGCAACUUCUCAUUGCCCCUUUUUCUCAAUCUCAAACACUUUGGAGCCGGUCCUGUUUCACACAAAUUAACACAAAAUAAUUGAAGAAGAAGAAGAAGAAGAAAGAAAGAAAUAUAUUACCCUCUUCUCUCUCCCUGCUCUACACAUUAACACAAGAAACUCAAAUAAAGUGAAGUCUCUUGGUCUCAAAAUGAACCAGUGUGUUCCCAGCUGGGAUCUUGAUGACAUUUCUACUCCACCUGCUCCUAGGCUCUCUCUUCGCUCUUCCGCUCCAUCUGAUGAUGUCCCCAUGUUGAACUAUGAAGUAGCAGAGCUGACAUGGGAAAACGGCCAGGUAGCCAUGCACGGCUUAGGUCUGCCGCGCCUGCCGGCGAAGCCCUCAUUAACCACUGCGAAGUACACCACCUGGGACAAGCCCCGGGCAAGUGGUACCCUCGAGUCAAUAGUCAACCAAGCCACCUCUACUUUGCCCCCUCCCAGUAAACCCCCCUUCGAUUCUUCCGGUGGCGGCGCUAAAGGGGAACUAGUAACCUGGUUUGAUCACCAUCGCGCUGCUGCUGUUCGUUCAACUACAGCAGUAGCUCCCUCCACCACUAUGACUAUGGACGCUUUGGUUCCGUGCAGAAACCAAAGCGAUAACUCAAGUAGUCAUAUGAUGGAGUCCAUGUCCAUGCCUGGUGUGAUUUCAGGCUCGGACAUGGUUGGGUGUUCCACUAGAGUGGAGUCCUGCAGUGGCGCUACAGGCGCCGCCACCCAGGAUGACGACACCAUGCCUUCAGGGAAACACGGGAGUUUGUCACGUGUCCCCGAAACACCAGAGUGGAGCAGCAGAUCCCAGAGCGUGUGCGGUAGCGCGACGUUUGGGAUGGAUAGUCAGCCUGUCACACUUGACAGUACAAAGGCAAGCGACCAUGACUCCGUUUGUCACAGUAAACCACAGAGGGAGGCAGGCGAUGAAGAUAACAGAAAGAAACGAAGUACUGGAAAAUCCUCAGUUUCUACAAAGAGGAGUAGGGCUGCUGCUAUUCAUAACCAAUCUGAACGUAAAAGGAGAGAUAAGAUCAACCAAAGGAUGAAGACGCUGCAGAAACUGGUCCCAAAUUCCAGUAAGACUGAUAAAGCUUCAAUGCUAGACGAAGUGAUUGAGUAUUUGAAAAAUUUGCAAGCACAAAUCCAAAUGAUGAGCAGGAUGAACAUGCCAGCCAUGAUGUUGCCAAUGGCCAUGCAACAGCAACUUCAAAUGUCCAUGAUGGCCGCAGCCCCAAGAAACAUGGGAAUGGGAAUGGGAAUGGGAAUGGACAUGAACACUAUGGGCCGCCCCAACAUCCCGGUCAUCUCCCCGGUUCUUCACCCGACCGCAUUCAUGCCCAUGGCCUCAUGGGAUGGCUCCGGCGGGGAUAGGUCUGCUUCAGCAACAGCAAUGCCUGAUCCUUUGUCCGCCUUCCUUGCAUGCCAAUCACAACCUAUGACAAUGGAUGCAUACGGCAUGAUGGCAGCCAUGUAUCAGCAAUUCCAUCAACCUCCAGCAUCUAGUUCGAAGAGCUAAGCUUUAAAUUCAUGCUCCAUAUCUUGAUUGAUUUCAAGAAGGGCCAAGAAUUGGUUUCAACCUGUGAAGUUUCAAAUGCUUUGGUGCGACCGAUAGAUACUGUAUAUGAUUGGUAUUUAAUGGGAACAUUUAAUGAAAAUAAUAUUUUUGACUUCA